CCUUAUAGCUGACUGUAUACAGUAUAUAUAGAUGCAUACUGAACCAGUAUAAAUGUAUCUAGCAUUUCUAAAAGUUCGUUAACGGUGAUUUAUUAAACAACUCUUAGAUAGAUCAGCUGUUAGAUAACAAUGUUUAGUUAAGAAAUAUGUUUAGAAAUAAAUCAGCUUGGUUUUCCGACAGUGUAAAGAGAGAUAUUGUCAACUUUUGGGUGUCUCAGGGUGGCGCCAUCUGUGACUGGGAAAAGGCUGAUUACCUCAUCAGUGAAGACGCCUCGUGUCCCGACACACACAGGAUCCAUGUAAGUGAGGAGUAUGCGAUGGACAGAGCGACAGUAUUUCACAGUGCCUACCUCUCCACUUGUAGGCUCCGGUGGAGCACCAAAUCUGUGCCGCUUGGUCAUUACCUACUGCCUCCAGUUUCUGUACAGAGAGAGGUGAAAGCCCGACUUGGAAGGUUCAUAUGGGAGAAGGAGGAGAUGCUUGGAGUGUCUACGGCACGUGGGAACAGAAACUCUGAGCAGAUUCUAUAUAUUCAGCCUGAUGCAAAAAGAAGUGAGUCAGAGAACGGAAAGAAAAGGCAGGAGAACUGCAUGAACACCUCUUUAUCAGAAGAAUCAGUAUGUUGUAAGGCGCAGCUCUAUCCAGUAAACAACAUGCUUUCUGGUUAUGUCCAUAUUGACCAGCUAAAGAAGUUCUCAGGAGAGCUGUGUGACUUCCUACCAUCCCACUUUGGUUAUUCAGUCUCUCGAUCUCAUAGCAGAAGACCUUAUCAGUAAACAGCGAGACAAUGGCAGGACUUUGUAACUUAUUUUAAAAGCUUGACAAACUAAACACUUUAUCCACAGAAAUAAGAAGAGAAAAACUGUUUGAAUGUGUGUGUUCUUAAUUUUUGAUUAUUAUCCAAUCUACACAAUACAUGACUGAAUAAAGCAAAUUUGUAACCAUU